AUAAAAAAUACUAACAUUUUUUAUACUGAAUGAUAAAAUAACGUUAAAAUAUUUGUGUGUUUGAGUGAUAAAUAUUAUAAUACCGUAUAUUUAUAAAUCAUUGGUUGGAAAACAACUAAAACUAUUUGUGCGGAAAAACAAAUUGAAGCAAAACUCCUACACAUGAUAUCCAAUACACCUAUUAUUUGGUUAUAAAGUUUCAUGUAUUGAAUUCUUGUGCUGAAAAAAACUUAAACUCAUUUCCAGAAAAAAAUUAUAGAAAUAUUUAUUAAGUCCUAGUUUUUUUGUGUAAACCAUUUGUUUGUGUGUUAAACAUGUCUAAAGCCAAAACCAUAUUCACUGAACUAUUGUCUGUGUCCUAUCCAUCGCUACCAUUCUUCAAGUGGAUACCCGAAGGAGUAAAUGUGGGAACCGUUGUCUACAUCGAGGGCUUCGCACCGCAAAUGUGCACCAAAUUUACCAUCGAUUUGAUCGACGGGCCGGACAUCGAGGAGCGGACGUGGAAACACUCGGACAUACCCUUCGGUAUGUGUAUUAUGUUUGAGGAUAAGCUCUUUAUCGGCAAUACUAGACGCGAUGGCGAAUGGGGUCAGCCCUACAAAGAGAUAUUUACGGCCAUCAGAAGAGGCGAUAACUUCCAGAUGAAGAUUAUCGUUGAGGAGAAGUACUAUAAAGUGAUCAUAAAUGGGAAGAGUAUUGUAUACCAGCACCGGAUGAACACCGAUCGGGCCAAACAACUCCGCAUCGAGGGAUCAAUUGUGAUCAAAAGGAUUGAGUUUAGACACGGAAAUGAUUAUCACUUCACUCCACUCGACUGUUAUUAAUAAAACAUAACUAUUGUUUUAAAUUACGAUUUGUGACUU